UACUCUACAGUGCCCCGAAAAAACGGAAAAACGUGAGCCAGGGGUGUAUUCUGCUGCCUGUGACGAUAAUAUGUUAGCUAAGGAUGAAUAGUCACAGCCAUGAACAGACUGAAGCAAAAUGGCCAUAGUAAUAGCAGCAAACAAAAUGGACAUUCUCGGAGCAUCAGUAAUCUCCCUAACAGGAAGGAGUGGGACAGUUGUCUGCCCCUGCCAGCACUCUCCUUCCCUGCAGCAACAGGCAUUGUGUUCCUUUUUGCCAUCACAUGUUUUGUAAAUAGUUACCAUGGAGAUUUCGUCUUUGAUGACAGUGAAGCCAUUUUGUCCAACAAUGAUCUCAAACCUGAAACACCUCUGUCUGAUUUGUUUGUGCAUGAUUUUUGGGGGAACAAGCUGGACUCUAAAACCAGCCAUAAGUCCUACCGUCCCCUUACAGUGCUGACCUUUAGAUGGAAUUAUUGGUUGUCAGGCGGUGCCUUUCCUAUGUCAUUCCACAUUGUAAACAUUAUUCUUCAUGGCCUUGUGUGUGUACUCAUGCUUAUCAUAUUCUCAUUGGUCCUGUCUGGUUACCAUACCGAUGCAAAAGGACAGAUUGUGUUUGGUGCUCCUAAAUCAUCUUUGCUGUGUGCCGUUCUGUUUGCUGUUCAUCCUGUUCACACAGAAUCAGUGGCCGGAAUUGUGGGUAGAGCAGAUCUCCUGUGUGCCUUGCUCUUCAUCCUUUCAUUUAUUUGUUAUGUCCGCUCCUGUUGUCAAGAAAUCUCAUUCCUGCCAAACAGAAGUCUUCAUCGUCCAGAGACAUUCUCCAUGGCCUGGCUCUGUCUGUGUUUGGUGCUGUGUGGUUUGUCCGUUCUGUGUAAGGAGCAGGGUAUCACAGUCAUUGGUGUGUGUAGUGCAUAUGACAUCAUAGUUAUUUGUAAAAUUGAUGUUUUGAAAUUCCUGGGAUUGAAAAAGUCUGGGAUGAAUGCAAAAAAUGAUAGCUCUCCAAGCAAUAUAGAUCAGAGGCCAUCGGGUGAAUGGUUUAAAAGUCUGUGUGUGCGUCACAUAUUCCUGGUGAUCAUUGGUCUAACCAUUCUUGUCACUAGAUGGCGUGUUAUGGGAUCAGCGCCACCUAUAUUCCAAGUGUUUGAUAAUCCACAUUCCUUUGUAAAUAAUACAUUAAUUAGGGCUUUGAACUACAACUAUCUGUAUGCCCUGAACUGCUGGAUACUUGUUAAUCCCUGGUGGCUUUGUUUUGAUUGGUCCAUGGGAAGUGUGCCAACAAUAGACUCUGUCUCAGAUCCCCGUUUAUUGGCUGUGAUAGUCAUGUGGGCAGUGCUUAUAUUUCUUUUAUACUCAGCUGUUAUUCAAGAAGUUGGUCAGGAGCAGAGAGUGCUAACAAUGGCCCUAGCUCUGUUAAUUGUCCCAUUCCUGCCAGCCUCCAAUCUGUUUUUCCGUGUCGGCUUUGUCAUUGCAGAGCGAGUUCUCUAUCUUUCCACAGCAGGAUUUUGUAUAUUGGUUGUCAUGGGAAUCUGCAAGCUUCAUCAAAAAUGUCCCAGCAUUAAUAUUCGUUACUUUGUCUUCUUCCUGGUAUCCAUAUUUAUGUUGAGAUCCAUUCAGAGAAGCAACGAGUGGAACACAGAAAUGUCUCUGUUUACAUCUGGUGCUAAAACCUGCCCUCUAAAUGCUAAGAUACAUUACAAUAUAGGGAAAAUAAACUCUGAUGUGGGCAAUGUGGAGCAAGCAAUAAGUAAAUACAGACUAGCUAUCAGCCUGAAUCCAGACUACGACCAAGCAAUGAAUAACCUGGGUAACUUACUUAAAGACCAGGGACAGAAUAUGGAGGCUGAGCUGUUGUUACAGAAGGCUGUAGAGAUAAGGCCAGAUUUUGCUGCUGCAUGGAUGAAUCUAGGGAUUGUGCAGGCAGCUCUGAAGAAGCAAAAAGAGGCAGAACAGAGCUACCAUACGGCCCUCAGACAUCGCAGGAAGUACCCUGACUGCUACUAUAACCUAGGAAAUCUUUACCUGGACAUGGGGCAACACCAGUUAGCAUUAAGUGCCUGGAGAAAUGCUACCCUUCAAAAGCCAAGCCAUCUUAAUGCUUGGAGUAAUAUGGUCAUCUUGCUGGAUAAUCUAGAGAAACUAGAGCAGGCAGAGCUUGUGGGUAAGGAGGCAAUCAGGCAUGUCCCCAAUGACCCCACCCCCUACUUCAACCUCGCUAAUGUCAUUGGAAAAGCAAAUAGAUACCAGGAGAGUGAGCAGUACUUUCUAAAGGCCAUACACCUCAGUGGAAAAUCUCCAGCAUCCAAGAUGUAUGCCAACUUAGGUGUACUUUAUCAUCGCUGGGAGAAACCAGCUGAGGCAGAGAGGGCGUAUCUAAAGGCACUGGAAAUAGAACCAGCCAAUCAGAGCGUCUUACAGAAUCUACAGAUGUUACUCCGAAAAUACAACAGAAAAGGACACUCUUAGCGUAUCGUUAAGUUUGUUAUACACUGUUUUCUACAACAGAGUGACACAAAAUGAAAUAUCUUCUGUGGUAAAAUGGAUAGCUGAUUAAUUUACGCAUCAAACUACCAAGGAAUGGAAUUGUGGUAUAAUGAAGAUGAUGUCUAAUAUAGCCAAUAUCUGGCUUUGUCUACAAAGAUUGAUGUUCAAUCAGAUAUCAGUUUCUGCCAAUUAUUGAAGAGCUGCCAUUCAUGUAGUACCCAUAGCAUAUCUAGUACAUGUACAUGCAUUCUUAAUAUGCAUAAUUCAGCAAAACAGAAGUCGCUAGUUUAGAGAAGAAAAAUUUACUUAUUUAAAAUAUUUCUUCAUCUCCAGUAAUAUUAAGUCAGGGUUAUUGAAUUGUGUUUGUAAAAGGCAGAUAAUGUGUUUUUUGAGAUAGGUGCAAAUGACAUAGUUUAACCUCAAUAUCUUGCACUCAGGAAAAAAAGAGCACUUGGAGAUAUUUAAUUUUUCUGGGAAAACCAUGCAAUUUGAAACUUUAUCCAUCUUUGGCACACUGAAGUCAAACUACAUGUAUCCCAGUACCAGGAAUGUCAAUAUAUCAGCAUUAGAAAUAUUUAAAUUAAGCUGGUUAUAUAUUGCAUAUCUGUUCAUUACAUUCCAUCAAUACUUUUGUUUUUUAAAGGAAAGUUUUCACAUUUUACUUGCAUUUUUUUUAAAAUAUACAUAAUGUACAUGAAUGAUUUAGAAUUAUUGUUGAGAGAAAAUUGCUUGUUAGAUCUAAAAAUCCAUUUAAGUUUUCCUGUUAUUUUGAAGAUUAUCUCUGUGAUGUUUGAAGAAGAUACCAGUAGCAUUCCAUUUUUGAUAUACAUAUAUAUGAGUGGUUGUGGAUAUACACACAUUUAUUUUUUCUGUUGUGUUAAGCUCACAGAGUGCUUUUUCAUCUGCGGUAACAGGGCUUUUUGGUUGGUCUUGUUUUGACUUUUUUUUGUUGUUGUCGUUGCGAAAGUUGAAUACUUUGUUUUUUCCAUUUUGCAUAAUGAUAAGAAGUACAUUGCAAUUACAGGGCUUAGCACUGAAAGAUCUUGUAUAACACAUCUGGUUUUUUUUUUAUAAUAAUAGCCAUAAUAUUUUUGUAAAAAUAU